AUGGCAGGAAGUGGCACAUUUGCAGAGAUUAUAGGUGGUGAUGUUUUCAACUACUACUCAGAUGGCCAGUGGAACAAAUCCUCCUCUGGGAAAUUUGUUCCUAUCAUCAAUCCAACCUCUAGAAAAAUCCAUUUCAAGGUCCAAGCCUGUACGCAGGAAGAGGUUAACAAGGCCAUAGAAUCAGCAAAAGUUGCACAAAAAUUAUGGGCUAAGACUCCACUUUGGAAAAGAGCCGAGUUGCUUCACAAGGCUGCUGCAAUACUGAAGGAACACAAAGCACCUAUUGCUGAGUGUCUUGUUAAGGAGAUUGCAAAACCAGCCAAAGAUGCUGUCACUGAAGUUGUUAGAUCAGGGGAUUUGGUGUCAUAUUGUGCUGAGGAAGGGGUGAGAUUUCUCGGUGAAGGAAAAUUUCUGGUUUCUGAUAGUUUUCCUGGAAAUGAAAGAACCAAAUAUUGUCUCACUUCAAAGAUUCCACUUGGAGUUGUUUUGGCUAUUCCACCUUUUAACUAUCCUGUCAAUCUAGCUGUUUCAAAGAUUGCUCCAGCUCUUAUUUCAGGAAACUCCAUUGUUCUUAAACCUCCAACCCAGGGUGCUGUUGCUGCACUACAUAUGGUUCAUUGCUUUCAUUUGGCUGGUUUCCCUAAAGGUCUUAUUAGUUGUGUGACAGGAAAGGGUUCUGAGAUCGGUGACUUUCUUACAAUGCAUCCGGAUGUUAGUUGCAUAAGUUUCACGGGUGGUGACACUGGAAUAGCGAUAUCGAAAAAGUCUGCAAUGAUUCCUCUUCAAAUGGAGCUGGGUGGAAAAGAUGCUUGCAUUGUUCUUGAAGACGCUGACUUGGAUUUGGUAGCUGCUAACAUUGUGAAAGGAGGGUUCUCCUACAGCGGUCAAAGAUGCACGGCAGUAAAGGUGGCUUUAGUCAUGAAAUCGGUUGCAGACACACUUGUAAAGAAAAUAAAUGACAAAGUGAUAAAAUUAACCGUUGGACCUCCCGAGGAUGACUGCGAUAUCACACCGGUUGUCACAGAGUCCUCUGCUAACUUUAUUGAAGAACUGGUAAUGGAUGCUAAAAAGAAAGGAGCAACAUUCUGUCAAGAAUACAAAAGGGAAGGAAAUCUCAUAUGGCCACUUUUGAUGGAUAAUGUUCGGCCCGAUAUGAGGAUAGCAAGGGAAGAACCAUUUGGACCAGUUUUGCCUGUAAUAAGAAUAAAUUCUGUUGAAGAAGGAAUUCUUCAUUGUAAUGCUAGCAAUUUCGGCCUUCAGGGAUGCGUGUUUACGAAAGACAUAAACAAAGCAAUACUAGUAAGUGAUGCAAUGGAGACGGGAACGGUUCAAAUUAAUUCAGCCCCGGCUCGUGGACCUGAUCACUUCCCUUUUCAGGGUUUGAAGGAAAGUGGAAUUGGUUCUCAAGGAAUCACCAAUAGUAUCAACAUGAUGACCAAAGUUAAGACCACAAUAAUCAACUUACCAACACCUUCUUAUACUAUGGGAUGA